AUGGAGAAACAUGAAGAUGCAACUCCUUCAAUGGAUCAAGAGCAAUCCGAACAUUUCUUUCUCAUCAAGGGAAUUAAAUACAAACUAAACACUGCUAUUGAUUGGAAAACAAGGAAAAUUCAUCAACAAAUUGAACAAUUAGAACAAAUUCAAGAAAAAUCUAAAAAGAAGAGAAAGAAUCGUCAUGACCACGAUCGGGAAAUAAUUGAAAAACCAUCGAAAAAGAUUGUACCACUCUAUGAAGAUGCAUCUUGCGAAUCAGAAUGGAAGAAAUUGAUGGAUCUUUCGGAUAUCAUGUGGAAUGUUUUACAAUUUCUUGAAGUGGAUGAUAUUUGUGAAAUGUUGAUUAUUUGCAAGAGAUGGAAACAAAUUAUUCUUGAAGAAUUGAAUGGAGCAUGGAAAGCUGAGUAUUUAUCAUGUUUGGGAAUUGAAAAUGGCGACAACAAUGAUGAAAAUUACUUUAAGAUUUAUAUUCAAUUCCAGAGAACAAAAGCUCUAAACUUUGAUUUGGUGGAUUCGGUUUAUUAUUGGGAAGAAUCUGAAUGUGGUUUUUCAGAGUGGGAAGGAUUUUCAGAGAUUUUUGAAAAGUACAAUUCUUUUGUACAUAUUGUCAAACUCGAAUCUCAAACAGUGGGCGAUUUAUUUAAAACCAUAUUCACAAUAAUUGCUUACAAUUUUAAAGGAAAUGAAUAUAGUGUUAAAUUUGAGGGAGUUAUUAGACUGGAUGAUCAUUCUGGUAAAAUUUUUAUUAAUUAUAGAGAUUCUGACCAAUCUUCUGAUGAAUUUUUAUUCGAAAUGGAAAAGGGUCGUGGAAAGCGUUUCAAGCUAGAUAUUAAAAAGUUUAAGGAAAUUGUUAGAAAGCUAGAAAUGGGAAAAUUGAAAAGUUCUGAAUUGAUCCAGUUGUUUGUUAUUUUGACAAUUAGUCCUGCAUUGUCUGCAGGUGUUUCAGAUACUGUAGUUCACUAUUCUGAUUUUGAGCAAUUUAUGUAA